AUGACGGCUCCCUUUUCAGCUGCCGCGGCUCACGCCGACUACAAGUCGCCAUCAUUCACGCAGAAGGUUGUCAAUGUGAUGAGGAAGCACUUCCCUGAAGAGCUGGCUGAACGUAGCUGGGACAACGUCGGCCUUCUCCUGGGCAACCUUGAGACGGGCGGCGGCGAGACCAAGAACGCGAGUCCCGUGGUCCUCGUCACAAACGAUCUCACGUAUGCUGUUGCCAAAGAGGCCAUUGCCAAAGAAGGCGAGCGUCAUUGUCGCGUAUCGGCACUCGCGCCGCAGCGCGUCUUACCGCCAACCCCCCCGAAGGCUUUUACCGGCGCCGGCGCCGGCCUCGUUGUCACCUUUGACGAGCCCCAGACUGCGGGGCACAUCGCCUCGUCUCUCGCUGCCGCCACCGGGCACAAGCACCUCACCGUCGCGACACCGGACCGUUCCGCCACGUGGCGCGAGAGGCCCGUCAGGAGCGUUGCUGUCUGCGCGGGCAGCGGCUGGGAUGUCAUCAAGGACACGGGGGCGGACGUGUUUGUCACAGGCGAAGUGAGCCAUCACAGCGCGCUGAAGGCCGUCCAGGAUGGCAUCUUGCUGUUCACGCUGUUCCACUCCAACUCGGAGCGGGGCUUCCUCAGAGAGAGGCUUGUGCCGCUCCUGCAGGGUGAGCUGACGGCGCUUGAGGCCGAGGCCGAGGUGCACAUGAGCGAGGUUGACCGGGAUCCCUUUGAGAUCAUCACGGUGUGA